AUGGUCGAUGGUGCUCAUGUGCAUGGAGCUUACAAUUACCAUUUACAUCACCACGGUGUGGCUUCAUCACUACUUGGGAAGAGACCUUCAAUGGCAAUAUUUCCGGGAAUCGAAAGGGAUAUGAACAAGAUGAUUAAAAAUGUGGAGGAUGAAUUAUCAGAUGAUGAUGGAUCACAAGUAGGGGAGAAGAAGAGGAGGCUCAACAUGGAGCAAGUAAGAACAUUGGAGAAGAAUUUCGAGCUAGGGAACAAACUGGAGCCGGAGAGGAAGAUGCAGCUGGCGCGCGCCCUCGGGAUGCAGCCGAGACAGAUCGCGAUUUGGUUCCAAAACAGGAGGGCCAGAUGGAAGACCAAGAAAUUGGAGAAGGAUUAUGAUGCUCUCAAGACACAGUUUGAAGCUAUCAAAGCUCAAAAUCAAGCACUUGAGGCACACAAUAAGAAGCUUCAUGCUCAGAGAUGUUAG